CGCAGGGAGCCUCGGACCUGGGUUGAAACAAUUGAAGCCCCAGGUUUCACUGCUAGAAAAGGUAAAGCUGGAUGAAGAAAUUGAGACACAAAUUAUUUGGACUAGAUAAUGUCUUCAUGGUAGAACCAGGAUCCACAGUUGCACAGUCUCACAUCAGAAUCUGUACUUGUAACUACUAUACUGUGCAUAUCCUUCGGUAAGUGCCCAUGAAGGCCAGAACAGAGCGUUAUAGCCCCUGUACCUGGAGUUAUGGACAGUCGUAAGAAACCACCUGGGUGCUGGGAACAAACUCAGGUCUUGCUCAAUAACACUCCAAAAGAUGAGUCGUGGGUAUCCAGAAAACAAUAAUUUUCUGAAUAAUAAUAACCAAAUGGUACUGGAUAUGAUCCUUUAUCCAUUAAUUGGAAUUCCUCAGACCAUCAACUGGGAAACUGUGGCAAGGCUUGUGCCUGGUUUAACACCCAAAGAGUGUGCAAAAAGGUUUGAUGAGCUGAAGAGCAGUGGAAGCUCACCUGUUGACAACCAGUAUAACCCCUUAAUGGCGGCUGGGGAGGGUCCUGUUGAGUCUUUAGCCACUUACAUUAAAUCUUCUCUUCUGGAAACACAAGGAGAUUUUCAGGAGAAUCCAGUUGAUGAAGAUACAGUUUUGAAACCAGGAAGACAUAGUAUAGCUUCCACAAGGAAUUGUUCUUCAGAAAGUGAAAAUUGUACUACUCGUAAUGCUGGAGAAAAGACUGAAGAAUCUGAAGGGCCAAAUAUGGUGAUCCAUGUAUGUGAUGAAGCAAAAAACUUGAAAGAAGAUUUUAUUUGCCCACGAGAUCUUUUGGUAUCGGAAAUGAAGUACUUUGCUGAAUAUUUAUCUAUGGAUGCCCAGCGCUGGGAAGAGGUGGACAUUUCAGUUCAUUGUGAUGUUCACAUUUUCAACUGGUUGAUAAAAUAUGUUAAAAGAAACACUAAGGAGAAUAAAGAUUGUGAGAUUCCCACUUUAGAGCCGGGAAAUGUAAUUUCAAUUCUUAUUUCUUCGGAGUUUUUGAAGAUGGAUUCAUUAGUUGAACAGUGUAUUCAGUAUUGCCACAGAAAUAUGAAUGCCAUAGUGGCUGCUCCAUGCAACAUGAACUGUAUCAAUGCAAACCUCCUCACUCGCAUAGCUGAUCUGUUCACACACAAUGAAAUUGAUGACUUAAAAGACAAAAAAGAUAAGUUUAGGAGUAAACUUUUUUGUAAGAAGAUUGAAAGACUAUUUGAUGCUGAGUACGUGAAUCCAGAUUCUCGAAAUAACGCAGCAACAUUAUAUAGAUGCUGUUUGUGUAAGAAACUUUUAACCAGAGAAACAGAAAGACGAAUUCCUUGCAUCCCUGGAAAAAUCAAUGUGGAUCGACAUGGAAAUAUUAUCUACAUCCAUAUAAGAGAUAAAACCUGGGAUGUACAUGAGUAUUUGAAUAGUCUUUUUGAAGAAUUAAAAUCUUGGAGAGAUGUAUAUUGGCGCUUGUGGGGAACGAUCAACUGGCUGACUUGUUCAAGGUGUUACCAGUGGAGGGAGGAAGAACAGGUCAUCAAAACCAUCAGAGUUUGGAAUGUCAGACCAUAUGCCUUUCUCUGUAUUGAAUUCUCACAUUGUCAGUAUCACUCAGAAGUGGUAGUUUAUUCCACCACAAUAAGUUCACUGAGCACUGUGGGCACUGGAAUUUAUCCCUGCUGUAACCAGAAGGUUCUUCGAUUUGAUCCCACUCAGCUCACAAAGGGCUGUAAAGUGAGGGACCACAUGGUUAUUCUUCAUGAUCAAGGAGAAAAUGAUGAUUUGCUUUCUUGUCCAGCUACUAGAAUACUGGACGAUCUACACAAGCACAGAGAUGUUAUUGUUACACCUUUUUUAAAAGAUGCAGUUAGUGACUCUGGGCUUGGCUCCUGUGAUGAAAAGGGCCUGGAAUAUGAUAUUUUGCUGGAACCAAAUACACCAUGGGGCCCCAAAACUGGGGAGCUCAAUGCUUUCUUGUCAUUAAAAAACUGGACUCUGCAGUUGAAACAGCAGUCAUUAUUUUCAGAGGAAGAAGAGUACACCACUGGAUCUGAGGUCACUGAAGAUGAAGUCGGUGAUGAAGAAGAAGUGACCAAGAAACAAAGGAAAAAGGAAAAGCCAAAGAAGUUUACUAAGCAACCCAAAAAGCAGCUGUCUUCACCCUGUUCUCAAAAGAAAGAAAAGGCACCGGAGAAGUCAACUUCUAGAGAUAUGUCUCCUUUCGUUGUGAGCGUGCAGAAGAAUAAGUGGGAUGCCUCAAGAUCCUUGAGAUUCAACCAGGAUGCGCAAAGAGAAGAUGAUCAGCGGCGGAUGUCUGAAAUUACAGGGCAUCUAAUAAAGAUGAGAUUGGGUGAUCUGGACCGAGUCAAGUCAAAGGAAUCAAAAGAAUUUGCAGGAGGUAUUUAUUCUAGGCUUGAAGCACAAGUCAAAGCCUCUGCACCUGGCAGUGCCCGGCAGAACAGCUCAGACAAAAACCCCAGGUCUAAAAGUCGUUUUGGCCAAGGGCGUCCUGCAUAAAGCACCCUAAAAUAUAAAAAGAGAGAAGGCACACUCCUGGACAUCUGAAAUUGUUCAUUUACUGAAGACCUUCAAAACAAUGACUUCUAGGUGUUUUACUAGUUAUUCCUGCAAACCACAAAAUCAUGCUGACACAAAUAUAUAGUUAGGCUUCAUUAAAAUUAAUUGUAAAUAUAAAUUUUUAUAUAAAUUUCUCUUUGUAUAGUUGUAGGCUGUGUAGAAAAUAGCUACAAACUUUACAUUGUUAAGAUUCCUAAUAUUUGUUACCCUUUGUUUAUUUGAAAGAGAAGAGGCCUAGAUUGUCAAAUGACUGAGUUUUGGUAAGGCCUUAAGAAAUUUAGGGAUAUGAUUGGUAGUGUUACUGUGCAUGUAUGCUCAUCACCAUGUCUUUUGAGGGCUGUCCAGUGUUAGGUGUUGUAUGAUGAAAUGUCCAGUGAUGCUAAUUUAAGAUGGUGUGAAUUUUAAGGAGUGACAGAUCUGGAAGCUGUACUAAUAGAGUUUCAAGGUGAGGUUAUUCCAGUAUCAUGUUGAUCCAGAAGGAUUCAUCUUUUCAAGUUACUGUGUAGAAAGCACAGUGUUAGUCAAGCCUUUGUUUCUUUCAGUUUCUCAUGCUUCUCUGUUGGUCCUCUGACCCUGAAUGACUGGUCAUUAGCUUCUCCUCUGUGAAGCCAGUGACAGGGUAGGGUAGAGUCACUUCAGCCCUGUGCAGUCACUUGUACGGUUCUCCAAUCCAUCCACUCUCUAAACCAUUUCGACAACCCCUUAAAAAUCAAUUUCCAGAUAGAUUAGAUAGCUGGAAAUUUCAUACAUUCAAGAAAAAUAAAAUAACUAUGUUAUAAAUCAGGUUUUAAUUUUUUCUAACCAUGUCUAUAGCAUACCCAGGGAAAUGUAAGCACACACUAAAUAAAAAAAAAAAUUAUGUGUUUGGAGAUUAUUUAUAAGUCUCUGAAAACCAUAAGGUGCACAUGAUUUCUACUUUAGUUUUCCUUUGCCUUGUGGUUCACAUCUUCAAAUUAUUCAGAGAACAGGCCUUGAUACUAUGUAGCAGGACAGCAGUUUCAAAAGAAAAGCUCAAGUCUUACACUCAAUUCACACAAAAAAUUUACAAUUUUAGUAUAUCUUUUACUUGCUAUAUGGAACUCAAUUAUUUGAUAAUUAUGUUUUUAAUAUCUGGAAAUCUUGUUUUAUAUAUAUGCUUUUCAGUUGAUUUGAUACUGUGGAAAAAGCCUAUACCAUAUUUAUUUUUUUUAAGUGUUUGUUACUACAGGAUAUGUGAGUCUCACACCUUAUGGUUACCUCCUGUUGUGGUCAUUGUAAUAAGAAGGAAACCUGCUCUUUGGAUUUUACUGACGAUAAUGUGCACGUUGCUUCUCCCCCAAGGGGACUGAACUACUGAUUGAUGCUAACAAACCAGACUUUAUUACAAUCUGACUCUAUACAGAAUAUGUUUUGUUAUUUUGUGUCUGUCUGUGAUACAUGGACAGGCAUUUCUUCUGCCAAGUACUUUAAGGAUUUCCUUACAUUAAAUCUGAGUUUUCACUUCUUUAAUUGAAAUAAAUGGCAAUGACAAAAAACUGU